AUGACGUAUACGGAAUUGUUACCGCAUCUUCUUCAAAAGCGCUUGGUUGCAAUUUGUCCGAUGAAGCCUAUGCAACCCCCGUUCCCAAAGAAUUAUGAUCCAAAUGCUAAAUGUGACUAUCACGGAGGGGGGGUUGGACACUCUACUGAGAAGUGUGUAGCCCUCAAACACAAAGUUGAAGCUUUAAUCAACUCAGGGUGGGUAAAGUUUCAUGAAGACAAACCUAGUGUUGAAACGAAUCCUCUUUCAGGACAUGGGAAUCCUUCGACGAAUGCCGUCGAGGAUAGGGAACACAAGCUAGUAAGGAAUGUGAAUGAAAUCCGGAGCUCCAAGCGAUUUAUUUUUGAGACAUUGCUGAAAUUGGGUCUGUUAAAAGGGGGAUAUAACUUGAGUGAAAAAUGCAGAUUCCAUCCGGGUGCUAAGCAUUCUAUCGACAAGUGCACCAAGUUCGAGGAUGUUUUACAAAAUCUGCUCGACAGAAAUUUUGUGCAAGUAUGUCGCGAGGGUAUAGAGGAGGAAGUAUUUGCACAAGAUGGCGGGAAACCCGAUGUGACCUUGCCAGAGCCAUUGGUGAUUCAUUUCACCAGAUCCACCCCUACACUAGCAAUGCAACAAAGGCAACCUAUUACUAUCCAAGCACCCUCCUCUUUUCCUUAUAAGAGUGAGAAAGCUGUUCCGUGGAAAUAUGAUGUAUGUGUGUCGGGUGGGGAACAACAAAUAGAAGGCCAGCCUACCAGUGGUGAGCCAGUGGUUGAAAACAUUUCGGGCAUCGGUGGAAUGACUAGGAGUGGUCGAAUAUUUACGCCUCCGAUCUUGAUGAAAGAUGGAACAAGUAGUAGUGAACCGAUGAUGAACAAAAAUGCUAAUGAAUUCUUGAAGGGGAAGAUGAUACAAACCGAUGAAGAACUGAGAAAAGACGACAAGAAAGAAAUAUCUAAUGAAGAGGCUAGUGAGUUUUUGAAGUUCAUACAACAGAGUGAGUAUAAAGUGGUCGAGCAGCUGAAUCGCAUGCCUGCUCGGAUCUCUCUCUUGGAUUUACUCAUGCAUUCAACCUCACAUAGAAAGCUACUAAUGAAGAUACUCAAUGAAGCGCAUGUGGAGAAGAAUAUCUCUCUGGACAGUUUUGAGGGAAUUGUUAGCAACAUCACUGCUAACAAUUACCUCACUUUCACUAACGAGGAGAUACCUACUGAAGGGAGAGGACACAACAAGGCCCUCCAUAUCUCUGUAAAAUGCUUGGAUCAUGUCAUAGCACGAGUAUUAAUCGACAAUGGUUCUUCCCUGAAUGUAAUGCCAAAAGCAACAUUGGGAAAGCUUCCGUGUGAGGGUAUCCACAUGAAACCAAGUGCAAUGAUCGUGAGGGCUUUUGAUGGGAGCAAAAGAGAGGUGAUGGGAGAGGUAGAACUGCCGAUCCAAAUUGGGCCGUGUGUUUUUCAAGUAACGUUUCAAGUAAUGGAUAUCCUCCCAGCAUACAGUUGCUUGUUGGGUCGCCCUUGGAUUCACUCGGCGGGUGUGGUGCCUUCAACCUUGCACCAAAAGUUGAAAUAUGUCAUGGGCGAUAAACUAGUGAUAGUUUCAGGAGAGGAAGAUAUUUUGGUAAGCGGACCGUCGUCCUCUCGCUAUAUUGAAGCAGCAGAAGAAGCCCUCGAGACAGCUUUCCAGUCUUUGGAAAUUGUGGGCAAUACCUAUGUGGAGCCAUACCCGAUGAACCCACAAUUGUCUCGUGCCUCCCUUAUGACCGCUAGGAUCAUGCUAAAAGAGGGAUACGAAUACGGAAAAGGGCUAGGCAAGGACAAGCAAGGAAUGAUAUUUCCCUUGGAAGUCACUGAGAAAAGGAAUAGAUACAACGAUUGGGAAGAAGCUCAUGAAGCUGUGAAGGCCGACAUCAACCAGUUGAAGGAUCAAGUGAGCCAGAUCCUAGAGGCCUUAAAAUCGCUGAAAACUUCGGGAGAAGCCUCCUCUGCAAGGAUCGAGGAAAACAUUCACCCUCAAGUUCCUCGAUAUGAAGUCCAGAACACUCAGGGCAUGUCAAUCUCGUUCCCAAUGUACGGUCUGCCUCCGGGAUACACCCCACCUGUUGGGGAAUAUUCGGAGGCAGAGCAGACUUCCUUUUCUUUUCCUACAAUCACAUUUGCAGAACCAAGGGUGACUGUGGCACAAAAUACUCCAAACAUAACUGUUGACGAAGAUGCUUUGGCUAAGGUCAUGCCGCACGCCACAACCCAAGUAGUGUCCGCCGGUAUUGAUAGGGCUAAAAGUAAGCUUGAGAUACUUGAAGAGAGGGUUCGAGCCAUUGAAGGUGGUGGAAGCUAUGGGUUCGGUGAUGUUGCAAGGUUAAGCUUGGUUCCUGGUGUGAUGAUACCACAUAAGUUCAAGGUCCCAGAAUUUGAAAAGUAUUAG